AUGGCGGUAUUUGUCAGGACAAAGCGCGUAACUGAGCCGCUCGACGACAAGGCCAGGGCUCGACUCGUUGGAAUGGAUCAGCCCCAACCCAGUUACGUCAGCAGCGGAAGUGAACACUCGGCCGACGACUCACCCUGCCUCUCCGAACUCGUCCAUGGUUUCCUCGAGAACGAUUCCGAAGCCGAUUCGCAUGCCGGUGAUCCCGUCUCUGAACCUGUCGACUCCGUGUCCGAAUAUUCGGAUGACGUAGAAGAUAUUCUCAGAUCGACGGCCGGUACCAAUGCAGUGGACUCGUACAAGAAAUUGCUCGUCGCUCACGUCUCGGAAGCGGUGGAAGUGUUCUCCCGUCUGAGAUCGACCAGAAACAUUUUCCGGCGGAACGUGAUGACGUUUCUGCGAGACCGGGGACACAAUGCCGCGAUCUGCAAAACCAAGUGGGACUCCUCCGGGGGACUCAGUGCGGGUAGCUAUGAGUUCAUCGACGUGAUCCAUUCAACCUCCUCCUCAUGGCAGAGCCGAUACUUCGUUGAGCUCGACCUCGCAGCCCCGUUCGACGUCGCGAGGCCAACGGACCAGUACGCGACGCUUCUCCGCUCUCUGCCCAAGGUUCUCGUCUGCCGCGGCGAGGAGCUGAAGAAAUUGGUAAAGAUCAUGUGCGACGUGGCGAAGAGAUCGUUGAGGAGCAGGGGCCUGUCCGUGCCUCCAUGGAGGAAGAACCGAUACAUGCAGAACAAGUGGUUCGGUCCUUACCGUCGCACCGCCAAUCCUGUUCGUGAAAACACAGCUGCGCCGAUGGCUCUUCCCUCAGUUGGGGGUGUAAAAUGCAGGUUCGUCGGUUUCGACAACGCCGUUUUGGACGUAAACGUCAACGUUAACCACCAGCACCACCAACACCGGCGUGGCUUCUUCGUGUGUACCAGAUGA